AUGCCCCUGGAGUGGGUACAUUCAUUCAUUAUCAGUCACGCGGCUUCUCUCAGAAAAUACAUUCGUUGAUGUUCCUCGUAUAUCAACAACAGCACGAAGAUCAGUGCUGUUGCGACAAAAACUAGGACUACAACUUGUUUGCAGAAGACAGUCGGACGAACUCGGAAUCAAAGAUCAAAGCAAGAAGAUGGACCUUCUCGGCUCAUGUGUCUCGACCGCAGUUGAGUGCUGCACAGCGGAAACCUGUGACGGGGACUUACCGCCUAGUUAUGGGCAGAUUGACUCCCGGCACCAGGAUCCACGGGAUGAGGAGAGCAUCGACCGUAUGUUUUUCGGAGGCGCAAAAAGUGCAGGUGGAGGAUUGCCUUCUCUUGGAACGGUUUCAACUUAAGGUUGAUCUUGAUGAGGUCGAUCUUGAUGAUCUUGGAAUCUAAGUACUAUGCGAUGAUUCGCAAUCUAAGAAGUACUAUAAAUAAUGUUGCAUUUAUUGCAACACAGUGUCAGUUCUAAUUCUUCGCUUCCCUCUCCGGAGGUCUUGGUGGUGUGCACAGCUUGUCAGUACGACCAGGUGGGCUCACGUUACCUACGAGCGGACUCCUGCAACCGCCUGUAAGCAUCUUUGGUGUCCCAAGAGGUCAGCUUCUAUCCAGUAAUUUUAUGUCCUGAGGUGGUGGACGUCCCCCACAUCAUCCCUGUAUUAAGUCUAUUAGAACAACUACUUAUACUUAAGUACAUGAUUUCAGUUAUUAGAUCAUGAAGACGAUAUGGGACACUUUUUGGUGGAGGAAACAUCCUCGAUCCUCAGCGUCGUGAAAUUUCGUUGACUAAGUCGAGACCAAGAACGCUAGACGUUGACUAAGUCAAGACCAACGCUGGACGAAGUCGAAUUAGCGCUGACAAUGUAAAGGAAGACGGUCGUCCUCUUGGUCGUUCAGAAGCUGAAAGUCCCAAGGCUGUAGAUGAUGUAUGUCUCCUUCUCCACCUAGGCCAUAUGGAACUUUUUGUACCUCUUCUGAUAUCGAAUUGUUCUAUCGUGCCUAUUGAAGAUACUGAUUUCGUUGACUAAGUCAAGACCAGCGCUAAUUCGACUUCGUCCACCGCUGGGGUUCUCGGUCUUCCAGACACUUUCAAAUGUAUGGUCAAAUAUGAUGAACAGGAUCAACAAGAAGACGCGCAAUAUUGACAAUCACCAAUUCGUAGGAGUAGGAUAAAAGUACAUGACUGAUUUUGAUACAACUAUUCCCUUUCCACCUGCGCCCUUUUACGAAAGACCGUCGAAGUGCAAUUAUAGAGCUAUUAUCAACAUCAUUUGUGCUUCUGCUACUCGUCCCGUAUCGCUAUCUCAAUAUCAUCCACCUCUUCAAUAUUGCAAACGGCGCAAGGCAGGGACAAGAACCGUUGACGCAACUCCCGCCACGUGCUUACUUUGAGCGCGAUUCGGCGGAGAUCGCAUCUUUUACCAGGCCACCAUCCUCCUCUUCGCCAGUAACCCUAUCAUCCGGCUCCGUCUAUAGCGGUCAGUGUUAAGGCCAUCUCCUAAUUCAUCUCAUAGGAACGACUAGGGAGAUCUUGACUCUGCUGAGGGAUCAUCCCCACUACAGGGAUGUCGCUCUAACAGUGGAAACGAAUUACAUUGAAGACCAGCAGUUCCGAGAAUCCCAGCAAAAUAGAAGGAACAACUACUAAAUGGGUACGACAUGGCACUGGCCAAAUGUCAUGGCCGGAUGGCACCAAGUACGUAGGGGAAUGGCAUGACGACAAAGCACAUGGGAAAGGUAGUACUGAGAAUGUGUAGUAGAAGCAGAAGCAGGUACCAUUGCAGCGAUAGUAAGAUUUGAUGCAGCAGCACCUUGCAUGACGUUGUGUAUGAUGGGAAAGGUUUUAAAUGUGCCUACUGCGACUGACUUCGUAGACAUGUCAGUCCAUGAACAGAACAAGCAUUUUUAUCUUCAGAACAUAGUAUUGACGACCCACAGCGGUAUAUUAAUCUAGAUCAUAGGAACCAGAACAAACACAGGUCAACUCGACUACGCGUCGGGCGCAGACCACUACUGUGGUGAGUGGAAGGAGAAUCGCUGUGAUGGAUUCGGCGUCUAUAUUCAUGGCGAAACCAUUUUUUAUGGCGAGUGGAAAAACGACAGACAGCAGGGUCAUGGCGUAGAAUCAUGGGGAGAAGGGAGUAAAUUUGAAGGCCGCUUCGAGAACGGAGUCAAAAACGGUCAUGGUGUCUACGUGUGGCCCGAUCAGAGUGAGUACCAAGGGACCUGGCAAGCGAAUAAACUUGAAGUAUUAAUACUAGUACUAGUGCUAGAUGAAGACUUUGAUUUGGUUAAGCGCCCGACAGUUCCCUGUCUGUAACUACUAGUAGCUCCCAUCUCCUGCCCAACGCAUCCCUUCGACGAAGCGCGCCUCCGCUCCUUCCUUUGCAUUUUGAUGCAGAUCAACGCUGAAAUAGAAUUUAAACUUCAAUUUUUUGCGAUAAAAUCAAAAAUUUAGGUUUCGAGCUUCGAAAUUUAAAAUUUUGAAUCUCAAAGAAUUGUAAGCUUCAAAUUUAGACCGCAAAUUUGAAGCUAGAAGCUCAAAACUUGUAAUUUGAAAUUCAAAAUUUUGGAUUUGGAUGUGAAAUUUCAAACAUUAAACCAAAAAUUUCGAUUUUAUCGCUUGAUAUAGAAAUUAAAACUCAUGCGUCGCAAAAUAUUUGCCAUGUCAUGCCUCACGAGGUCAUGGCAGGUACAUUUUGGAUUGUGUGUCGUUGUUCAAGAAGCUUUCUAUUUGAUAUUUAGUUGCAUUCUGCAAGAAUCUUCAAAUCAUAAAUGCAAUCUAUUAUAUCAUGAUGAAUUCUCGAACUCAAUUAUACGAUUUUGCCUCUAGUCAAUGAUAGCAUACAUAUCGAGACUUUCUUCAUCGGGUUGUAAGUGCAAUCUCCUUUGGAUUUUUACAAGUUUCUUCUAGUAGAUUUCACUUCACUUUUAUCAGUCCGUCUCAUCUAGUUGGUUCCAAACGAACCUGUCACUUCGAUCAUGUUUUCUACCACGACCGCCACCACGCCAACAUCAGGGCCUUGGUCUAUACACAGCUGAAGACAAAAAUUUCCGUGGAGAAUGGAAGAAUUCCUUGAUACAUGGUUUGGGGAUCUAUCGAUGGGGAGAUGGACGCAGCUACGCUGGCGAAUACGUCGACGAUAAAAAACAUGGCUUUAUGAAGAAACGCAGAUUCAGUCAGUCGUUCGUUGUAGUACUAGAGUCAUGGAUAUCUUCUAUGACUAUCUAUCUAAUAUGACUAUCUUCAUCUAUGACUAUCUUCAUCUAUGACUAUCUUCUAUGACUAUCUUCUAUGACUACCUUCCAUGGCUAUCCUAUGUUGUGAGGACCUAGAAUAAAUCAAAAAUUGAUAAUAUGCUCCUGGCGUAGUUUGAACUUCCACCCAGAUGAUAAAGAUAGACCAUGAUUUUCAACCAUUGUAUCCCCUGCCUUCCUUCAUAUCUUUCGGUACGUUUUUAUGGGCUGAUGGACGUCGAUACGAGGGAUUUUGGCGUGUGGGUAAGCAAGAAGGACCAGGCAUUUUCACGCGACGAGACGGAACGCAGAUAGAAGGUGUGUGGUUGCAAGGAAAGCGGACGAACUAGUUCUUGUAGAACUAGAGUACUUGGAAAGUACUACACAUAAAGAAAAAUGACCGGUUAUUUUUCCCUCGUCAUCCUCCUAGGUAGUUAGUCCCUUCAAACAAACAAUUUUAGUAGAUAACAAAGGUAGACGACGUAGUUCCUCAUAGUACUCGACAUGAUUAGAGUCCAACUUUUUUAUUCUUUUUGUUGUUCUAUUUCUAACAUUUCUUGGUCAAGAACCAACCACCAGGAAGAGGUGAUGAGGAUAAUCAACAUGUGCACGAAUUCACCAAGAAUGAGACUCGUAGUUCCUCCACAACAAAUUUUCCGUGCCAAGAAGUCACGUCACCAUGUCUUCUCUUGUGUACUUACACAACGAAAUCAUGUAUCAGUCUCCACUACAAGUGAAUUGAAG